UCACAUUCCGAUUUUCUCUCCUACGUUUUCCCCUCAUUUUCUUCCACGACUAGCAUUCCUGCAAAUUUUCAUUCCUUGGGAAUUUCUGUUUUGGUUUUCAUCUUCUCGUUUAUUUGAUCGAGAAGUGAGAUUUUGGGGUUUGAAAAGUUAGGUUUUGAGGUAUGGAGGUUUCGGUGAUUGGGACUUCUCAGGCUCAGAUCGGGAGAGCACGUUUGGCUUACAGGAAGCUAGGAUUUUAUAAUCCGGCGGCUCAGGGUUUCUCUCGGACGACUAGGAUCUGUUUUGAUCAUUCCCAGAGAUGGAGAACGGAUGGUUUUCGGUUUAGUUUGAACGCUGUCCAUUCGGAAGUUCUCCGAUCUGAGAAAGUUUCCGGCGAUGUGUCUACUUCUGCUAGAAGAUCCAAGCCAGUUGAUGGUGUAAGAUUAUAUGUUGGCCUGCCCCUGGAUAUAGUAUCCGACUGCAAUACACUAAAUCAGAUGAAAGCAGUUUCAGCUGGAUUGAAGGCUCUAAAGCUAAUGGGGGUGGAUGGUGUUGAGCUCCCAGUCUGGUGGGGAAUAGCUGAGAAGGAAGCCAUGGGAAAAUAUGAUUGGUCUGGCUACCUUGCAGUUGCAGAGAUGGUUCAAAAAAUGGGUCUCAAGCUUCAUGUUUCACUGUGUUUCCAUGCAUCCAAACAACCAAAAGUCUCUCUUCCCCAGUGGGUAUCACAGAUUGGUGAAGUGCAGCCUGAUAUAUUCCAUACAGAUCGGUUGGGGCAGCAUUACAAGGAGUGCUUAUCUCUGGCUGUUGAUGAUCUUCCUGUUCUAGAUGGAAAGACACCAAUCCAAGUUUACCAUGACUUCUGUGAGAGUUUCAAGACUUCGUUCUCACAUUUCAUGGGCUCAACAAUCACAGGCAUCUCAAUGGGUCUAGGCCCAGAUGGUGAGCUUCGAUAUCCUUCUCAUCACAGGGUAAGCAAAAGGGGUAAAGUCCCUGGGGUUGGAGAAUUUCAGUGUUAUGACAAAAACAUGCUCAGCCUUCUCAAGCAACAUGCUGAAGCAACUGGAAAUCCGUAUUGGGGUCUCGGUGGUCCUCAUGAUGCCCCCCAGUAUGAUGGGAUGCCAAACUCGAACAACUUCUUCAGGGAGCAUGGCGGAUCAUGGGAGACUCCAUAUGGUGAUUUCUUCCUUGCUUGGUACUCAAACCAGCUAAUAUCUCAUGGAAGUAGCCUCCUUUCCCUUGCUUCUACAGUUUUCUGCAACUCUCCCGUCGCAAUUUCUGGCAAGGUCCCAGUCGUUCAUUCAUGGUACAAAACCCGCUCGCACCCUUCUGAGCUAACAGCUGGCUUCUACAACACAGUUGACAAGGACGGCUAUGAAAGGAUUGCUGAAAUUUUUGCAAAAAAUUCAUGCAAAAUGAUCUUACCGGGAAUGGACCUGUCAGACGAUCACCAGCCGCAGGAGUCCCUCUCUAGCCCUGAGUUAUUACUCGCACAAAUCAAGUCUGCUUGCAGAAAGAGAGGAGUUCAGAUUUCUGGGCAAAACUCGUCUGUUUCAGGAGCACCUGGUGGUUUCGAACAGGUAAAGAAGAAUUUGCUGGGCGAGGAUGGAGUUGUGGACUUGUUCACUUAUCAGAGAAUGGGAGCCUAUUUCUUCUCCCCUGAGCAUUUUCCUUCAUUUACUGAGUUGGUUCGGAGCCUGAGUCAACCAGAGAUGCUCUGGGAUGACAUGCCUAACGAAGAGGAAGAAGUUGGUGAAUCAUUGCCGGUAGGAUCAAGUUCAGACAAGAAUCUCCAGAUGCAAGUGGCUUAGUAAGAAGUAGUAGUAGAACUGUAUCCAUGUGAAUAGGGCAUCAUAUUAAAUAGACCCAUUAUUAGAAGAGGUUGUAUUAGAUAUGAUAGCCUUACAAAUUCUAUGGAACCAUGUACUGAUUAUAUUUUCAAACAAAAGCUGAAUUAUAAGGAAGAAGUAUUGCUUGGCA